AUGAAAUAGUGGGAGAAACAAUAAAGUUAGAAACUCUAUGAAAAACGAAUAUAACAUGCUAAAGCUUAAGUCCCAAUCUCAAAUAAAAAGAAAUCAACUAAAGUCAAUGAAUCAAUUAACUCUAUGAAUUCAUCUAUUUCAGGAUUCACACUUAAAGAAAAAGAAGACAAAGAAUCUAUUCCUUUAUACAAAAUGUUGAAAAUAUAUCAAUUAUAACAAUAUGCCCAAUAACUAAUAACAAGAGGAUAUGGGUAUGAUUUAGUUAAAUUUGCAAUGCUUACAGACAAUGAGGUCGAAUAUCUGUCUACCGAUAUCAAAGUAUUACCAGGCCAUAAAGUUAAACUCCUUAAACUUAUAGAAUACAUUAAAGAAAUUAUUAAAACAAGUUUGCCCACACCUUUGAAUUAAUCUAAAUUUCGUAAUACGAGUUAUGCAAAAAAAAAUAGUAAAAUAGUAACUCAAUAGAAACCUAAAACAAGUCAAACAUAAAGAAUAAGACCUUAAUAAUAAUAAUAAUAAGUCUUUAACAAAUAAAAAUAAAUGAAAAUUACUAAUAUAGGCUUUGAUUUUUUUUAAGAUGAGAGUGAUUAUGAAGAUGAAUUCAAUUAAGCCUUAAAUUAGAUUAUGGAAAAAUACAAAGGAGAUACAACUACAAUACUCAAUUCUAAUAAUUAAACUCUAUAAAAUUAAUAUAGUAAACCAAUAUUAACAAAAACUAAUAAUUUUCUAUAACCUACAACAGGACCAAUUCUAUCUGAUAGUAGCAGAGCACAUACAAAACAAAAAGCAAAAGAUGAUAUUAUCUUAGUCAGUAAAUUUUAAGAUGAUAAAUUGAUUACAGAAGUUAAGGAGAACAAGUAAUAUUAAUAUAUUAUUUUUAAGAUUGAUAAAGAAUUUAGAAAAGCAAUUAAGCUAGAAAAGAAGAAAAUAAAAUUAUGAAGAAGAUGAUAAUUUGCCAGAUUUGCAAAUGUCAUAAAUUAGACACAUGUAUCUAUCAUAUGAUACUGGAAAAUUGACUUCUACCUUAGUGAAUUUGGAUAUUGAAGAAAUGAGUAAUUGUCUAGCUUGGGCUAUUUUAAAACAUAUUCAAUUUAGUAAAAGGAAUAACUAUUCUAUGAUGAAAAACUCUAGUAUACCUUUUUCUAUGGAUUUCAGAUUUCGAGGAACAGGCAUGAAUUAAUAAGAUACAUCACAAAAUCCAAUUGAAGAACCAACUUAAUUGCAUCUCUAUAUUGAAUAAUAAUAAUAGCAAUAAAUGGGAUUAUUUUAAUCAUAAUAAAUUUCAAAAUUAGACAAAACCAAUUUAAGUAAUAAAUAGAAUAAAACUUUGGCAUAAAUAAGCGAGAAAACCUUAAGCAAAGAUGAAAAUGAAUUCGAUAUUAAAAGAUAAGAAAUUAAAGAAAUUUUGAAGGAAAGCUAUCUUCAUUAAGAAUAAUUUGAAAAUGAUGAAAAUGAUGAUUAUUCAUAGAAUGAAUAAGAUUAUGAUGUCUGUUCAGAAGAAGAUAUUGACGAUUAAAAUGAGAAUUAAAUCAUCUAAAGUUAAUAAAAUGAGUAUGAAUCCUUCAGUCCAAUUAAACCUAAAUAUAUAUUACCUUAGCAAUAAUAAUUGUUUAAAGUUAAUAAUAUUUCUGAAGAAUCUUUAUAACAUAUUGAGGAUUCUCAAAAAAUAUACAAUUAUUCUUAAAGUAUGCCUUAUUAAGAAUAAUAAUCCUUAUUCUAAUCCAAAUUUGAUUUUAUAGAAAUGGAAGAGGAUGACAAAGAGAUUAAACUCUAAUAUUAAAAGAUAUAUUUUGAUGCUAAAACAGAGUAAGUUAUGCCAACAGCUGAAGUUGUAAGUAACUAUUGUAAAAACAUAAUUAUUACAUCCAAAAUGGAAAAAGAAGUGACUAUUCUUUGUCUAGUCUAUAUUGAAAGAUUAUUAACAUAAGCAAAUAUCAGUUUAGAACCAUAAACAUGGAGAAGAGUAGUUUUAAUAUCAUUGGUAUUCUUAUGAUUUUAACUAUAGAUUAUUGCAUCAAAGAUAUGGGAUGAUGAGUCUUUUGAAAAUGACAAUUUUGCUAAAGUAUUUCCUUAAUAUCGAACAAAAGACAUUAAUGAAAUGGAAAGAAUAUUUCUUAUCUUAUUAGAUUAUAGACUCCAAGUAUAUCCUGCAGAAUAUGCUAAAUACUAUUUUAUUUUGAGAAUGUACACUGAAAGCAAAAAGAAAAGCUUUCCUUUACGUCCAUUAGAUUUAAAUACUAUCAUGAAACUAUAAAGACAAUCUAAUUAAGCAGAAUAUGGACUGAAAUAAAAAUAUGCAUAGAGUUUAAAUAAAUCUUUUUGA